UUAUGGAGCGGAGGUCACGAUGAAGGCUGCCCCAGGUACUUGUUAGCAGGCAGGGCUGUCCAUUCUGGCAUGAUCAUCGUCAGUUUGGGGGAAUCAACCCCGAAAAACGACCUGUUUAUAGACAUGCUCCAAAGCUUGGCUAUAGAUCCAGACGGAGGAGGAGGUUAGUGUAAGCUUGCAUCACUCCCUACUGAUCAGUCGGUCCGUAGUAUAUAUAGAAAAGGGUUCCCUCACAAUUGUAGUGCAUUUUCAAUCGAGCCCUCACUCUUUGCCGAAGUUCGACUCAGGGCCAUUGCCUGGAAGCAAAGAUGAAGACGGUGACUUUUCCAAAGAUUUACAAUACUUAUUUCGUUGCUAUAAUUGCUACAGUUGGUGGCAUGCUGUUUGGGUUCGACAUCUCGUCGAUGAGCGCCAUCAUUGGAACCAAACAAUACCUGGCUUACUUCGACAACCCUCAUGGUAUCAUCCAAGGAGCGAUUGGAUCCGCUCUCGCAGCUGGGUCCGUCGUCGGUUCUCUGAUGGCCGGGCCUAUCUCCAACAAAAUCGGACGCCGCGAUUCAAUCUUCUUUGGCUGUCUGUGGUGGCUCGUCGGGACCGCUGUGCAAGUCUCCUGCAAGAAUUAUGGACAGCUGAUCGCCGGAAGGAUCAUCAACGGUGUCUGCGUCGGUAUAACCUCGUCCCAAGUCCCCGUCUACCUCGCCGAGAUCUCCAAGCAUGACAAGCGGGGAAGCAUCAUCGUCAUCCAGCAACUUGCCAUCGAGUGGGGUAUCUUCAUCAUGUAUUUCUCCGGCUAUGGAUGCUCUUUCAUCGCAGGACCGGCGUCCUUCCGCACCGCUUGGGGGAUUCAAUUCAUCCCGGCUGUCGUCUUGAUGAUCGGGCUGCCAUUCCUCCCUCGCUCACCACGUUGGCUGGCCAAGGUUGGCCGCAGAGAAGAAGCCAUCCAAACGCUCGCGGAUAUCCAAGCACGCGGCAACAUUGACGAUCCGCUCGUGGUGGCAGAAUGGGAAGAGAUCUGGACAGUCCUUGUUGCAGAGCGCGAAGCAGCUCCCGGCUGGCGGAAAUUCGUCUGCAAAGGAAUGUGGCGUCGAACCCUCGCGGGCAUGAGUGUGCAAGCAUGGCAGCAGUUGUCCGGCGCCAACACAAUGACCUACUACAUCGUCUACGUAUUCGAAAUGGCUGGAUUAUCAGGAAAUGCCAACCUUCUCAGUUCCGGGGUCCAAUACGCGCUAUUCAUAAUCUUCACCACGGCCGUCUUCUUCUUCAUCGACAAGACCGGCCGUCGCCCCCUCCUGAUCUACGGCGCUCUCGGGAUGGGAAUCUGCCAGUUCGUCGUCGGCGGCGUCCUGGGCACCUACGGCACCAUCGUGCCCGGCGGAAUCGGCAACCCGCCCAACAAGAACAUCAUCAUCGAAGUAUCGGGCGGGCCCGCACACACCGUCAUCGCCUUCUGCUACCUGCUCGUCAUCAUCUACGCGCUGACGCUCGCGCCCGUCGCCUGGGUGUACGCGGCCGAAGUCUGGUCCCUCGAGACGCGCGCCACGGGGAUGGGACUCUCGGCCGUCGCCAACUGGCUCUUCAAUUUCGCCAUCGGGCUCUUCCUACCGCCGGCCUUCAUCAACAUCACGUACAAGAUCUUCAUCAUCUUCGGCGUGUUGUGUUUCGCCGCCGCGCUGCAGGCCUAUUUCACGUACCCCGAGACGUGUCGUAAGACGCUCGAGGAGAUCGAGAUCCUGUUUAGUAAGGGAGGACCGAAACCCUGGCGCACGAAACCUGGAGAGAGUAGGCUGGCGGCGGAGAUUGAGGCUGUUAUUGAGAGGAAGACGAAUGGGGCUGAGUCGUUUGAACAUCGGGAGCUUGCGCCUUCGGCUUCGGCUGCUGCUGCUGCUGGGGUGGAUGCUGAGGAGAAGGGAACUGUUGGUAUGAAUGCGGAUCAUGUCGAGGUAUCUUCUUAAUCUUGGAAUAAACACUUCUUCUUUGGUUGUUGUUGUUGUUGUCGUAGGUUAGUUGACAGAUGUAUUGAAUGGGAUUUGAAAUAUAGGGAGAUGCUUGUUCAUUUCACUGUCAAGAUGGUGUCACACAUAGCUCCAGAGACCACAUCUCAGAUUUCGAUCUGGGGAAUGCCGUCCACUGUAGCGUUU